ACUCUUCCUUUUUUAUUCAAAUCAAUGCCAUCUUGCCUUGGAUUGCACUUAUUGUUUACAAAUCAACAAGGAUUCUGGGUUUUCAUUGAUCUUCUUCCAGUGAGGUGUGUAGAGCUGAAUUAGUUAAAUUGAUGGCGGAUUUGGUAGGGCCUAGAUUAUACAGCUGCUGUAAUUGUCGAAACCAUGUUUCACUUCAUGAUGAUAUUGUUUCUAAAGCCUUUCAGGGAAAACAUGGUCGAGCUUUUCUGUUCUCCCAUGCGAUGAAUAUAGUUGUUGGGGCAAAGGAAGACAGGCAUCUUUUGACAGGUCUGCAUACUGUGGCUGACAUCUCUUGUGGCGAUUGCCAUGAGGUAUUGGGGUGGAAGUAUGAACGAGCCUAUGAGGCAUCACAGAAGUACAAGGAAGGGAAGUUCAUAUUCGAGAAGUCAAAAAUUGUCAAGGAAGGUUGGUAGCAACUAGCAAAGGGUUGUGCUUUUCUUUCCGGUUGAUGUAUAUGUGUACUAUAUAUUCGUGUUGUACAGAUCAAGCUUGGCAUUACAACAGAUCAAGCUUGGCAUCCCUUGAAAAUUGGUCAUUGUUACUUGCUGCCGAGUCUGCCAUUUGCAAUUGUGCAACGUUGUAUCAUCAUCAAAUUCAUGUGUGAAUAAAAAUUAUGGCAUUUCUCGACUCAAGUUUUGUAUGCUUUGAACAUAUGUGUAGAUCAGAAUUUGACUUGUUGUUCUAGAAAAUGAUUUACUGUGUGAGGGAAAUCAUUCAUAAA